CCUGGUAACGCCUUGGUGAAUCUGCAGUUGAGACAAAGCGCUUGGGAUCCCCCCUCUCGGUCUCCUUCUUCUGGCAAGCCGACUUCUGGCCUUCUCUCGUUCUGCUUUCUUCGUUCUCCGUCUCGCCAUCGCCCGUCUAAGUCCUUCUAUUCUGUUGCUUUCGUCUUUCUCCCCAGUCAGACAUCUUCAGCACAACAAAAACAACAGAUCCGCCGCCUUGACUAGCCUUCUCACGGCGCAAGAAAAGCCCUCGCUAGCCCUCUCGGUCCCCUUGCCGCCCAACUAUUCCAGCUCGAGCGAUCCCCUCCUCCUCUUGUGCUCCUCUUGGAACCACAAGCGCCGACUCCACCCCCAUUUCCUGCGGGUACUCGCAGCCACUCGUACACCCAGUCCACGCACUUUCUGCAAAACCCUUUGAGGUGCCCGCCCUCUCCUGUGACCUGCGCUGCACUCUUAUUUUCUUCACUUGGUUUUUUGCUCUUUCAGCCUUUUGCUACUUGCGUCACUGCGAUCCCUGGCUUCAGUUGCGACUUUCUCGGCCGUGUCUGCGAUUUCCUUUUCCCUUGUCGCUCAACUUAUACACUCCCCAACUGCCGGGCGCCCACUGUCCUCGACCGCCGACCGUUUCGCCCACCCACGCCUCUUCUCGUGCUAAGCGGCGCAACCUCUCACAGCUCGCCCUGACUUUUUUGCUGUUACACACCGUCCGAAUAGAGCAUCUUCGAUUUCGUUGGACCUUUUUUCCUCCUUCGCCUCAGUUCUGAUUAUCCCCUCGGCUUGGCCUUGAAUCGACCGCCAAUUCACCUGUCUCCCGCCUUAUACUUGGUCUCACAGCUACGCGCCGACUAUGAAACGAGACUGAACAAAUUCCGAAAAAUUCGCAGAAUUAUUUAUGACCAGCUCCGACUCAUAGACGAAAAUCAUAAUUUGCAUCACUGGGCAGCGAAGCAUCGACCGCUUUUCAGUCGCCUGCAGUUCGCCCUCUGAACUGUAAGCGCUUCCCCAGCCACCACUUGGUCCGAAUAGAGAAUACGUUGUAGACUGCGCAGCUACAGUCACGACCACGUCUUUUUAUUUGCUAUAACUAUAUAAUAGCCCAAAAUGUCUGCAGCAGCGUCUUCUAGAAACGCCAGAAGCGCUGGCAGAUCGUCAACCGCCCGAGGCGAGCCUGCUCCCGAUUAUCCAGUCAUGCCGUCGACCAAGGAGCUGCGGUUUUUUGAUGCUUGCGCUUCAACAGCAUCCAUGUUUUUGUAUGCGCAAGGCUCAAGUAUCGUAUGCUGCCAUCAUGACACCCUUACUAUUGAGCGCCGGUUUACCAGACAUGCUGCUGAAGUCAGACUCAUAGCUGUGGAUAACCAAAGCGCUCACGGUGCUGGACGCUUGGUAGCCAGUUACGACAGUGCAAAAUAUGCAGUGGUUUGGGAUUUAAUGACCGGCGAUGAAAUCGCCAGAUUUUCUGCAUAUGAGCACGUUACAGCUGUAUCGUUCAUGAAGAACGGCAGCGUCGUGUUUGGUGAUGCCAUUGGCCACUUGAUGGUUUUCGACCCUACAACAGCUGAGCACUUCUAUUGCCGAACUAUAAAUCAAAUUGCAAUUACUGCGCUUGCCCCGUCAGCCGAUUGCCAGACCUUUGCGGUUGGAUUUCAAAACGGUUCGCUUUUGACAUGCCAGCUUAAACCUUAUUACCAAGUCAUCCAUAAUCUAUCUACCUCUCGAGGCCCCUCUCCCAUUGUCACUCUUGCCUGGCAUGCAUCUUCUCCAAAACAAAGAGCGGAUAUGCUUGCUGUGCAGACAUAUGACGGAGACUUGAGAGUGUGGAGUGUUGCAAAGAACAACAAGCUGGAUGAGCCAGCCAAGGUCAUUAGAAUAUUGCGCCGCUCUGAAAACCGCAUCAUGGGUCCCAACUGGAUGGGUUGGUCAAAGAACGGCCGCAUUAUUCAGUUCUCUGAAAGUGAAACCCGAUCAUGGGAUGUCAGAACAAAACAUAUCACAUUCGAUGAUAUUCCAACAUUAGAGCAUGUUCGCGGUAUCACAUUAUACGGUCCUGGCGCAACUUUAUUCACUAUUGGACCCAAUGGUACGGUCCAGCAGUUUGAUCUUAACGCACCUUCCAUCAUGGUGGCCAACGUUCAGCAUCCUGUUAGCCUGCUUCCACCAUCUCCUCCAAACUCUAUUGAAGAGACAGCCAACCAGAGUGUCCAUUCGGCAACCACGAUACACACCUCCGAUACCGAAUCAGGAUCUUCCAUCCCCUUUGAGGUUGGCGUAUCUGAAAGUGACGACGACCAUUUGUCACCCUUCGCUCGCAUUGCUCGCCAUCAACAAGGUGGUCUUCCGGGUGUCGAUUCUGGAAACUCUGGUAAUGAAAUGUACGACUCUCAAAGCCCUGUCUCCAGCCGAAGCGCUCUUUCUGGUAAAUCAAAAUCGUCCACUGGUUCAAAAACACCAGGUCGCCCCGCCGGAUCCAUGAGAUCUAAGGGCAUGUCCGAUCAUACCUAUAUUUCCGCUGGUACCUCUCUGAAAUCAUCCACUGUUGGUCGAAAGGAUGUCGAUAAUUAUUCCAUGGGCUACUCUCUGGGAACAACAAGCGUUUCUUCCAUGGCAUCGUCUAGAGCUCGCCAUCGACCUUCACGGCUCCGCCACGAGGUUCCUAGAAGUCCCGAUGAGAGCAGCAACAAGGUACACGACCUGUUCAAGUUUACAAGAACACGCCUCAGUGAUAUUCCCUACAAACACCCUAUCGCACCAGACAACUCCCGUCUAACCAACGAUGAUCUUCGCCGCCAGAUGCUGAGCACCAUCUUUGGUUGGCACAACGAAGUGGAAGACUUGAUCCGGGAUGAGAUGAGUCGCCAUGCUGCCGGAUCACCUAACCGUAUUCUCCUCGCCAAAUGGCUCGGAGAUAUUGAGACAGACAUCAUGGAAGCUGGCUCUCAGAACAUGACAUCAUCUGAUUGGAUGAUGCUUGCUCUAAGUGGCAUUGGUGGUCAGGCUUCUCAGCACAAGCUGGGACGGGCAUUCGUCCAGCGUUUGCUUGAGAGCGGCGAUGUCCAUGUUGCAGUUACCAUGAUGCUCGGAAUGGGUGAUCAUAACGAUGCUAUUGAGAUUUACGUAUCUCAUAAGCGCUACAUGGAAGCCCUCAUUCUUACUUGUUUGGCAUUCCCUGAAGUAUGGGAGCGCCAGGCUGCUAUUAUCAGAAAAUGGGGUGAAUGGGCUGUUCAGCACGGGCAACAGCAGCUAGCCAUCCGAUGCUUCGCCUGUACAGAUCAGGAGUCUUCAGAGCCUUGGAGAUCACCAUCUGCGGCCCAGCUAAGUUUCACCAAUGUCACACCCAGCAUCCCCGAAAUUCUCAGCCCGCCAUUGUCACCACCAGGCCAGCGCGGUCCCCAGCGUAGCAUUGCAAAGACAUCAGCCUUGAAGCUCAUCACCUCAUUUGGUGACCAAGGCCAGAAAUCGAAGUUUUACUCUCAGAAUGACGAGGGACAAACACCUAUUGCGGCUGGUGUUACUCCUAUUGCUGAAUCUGCAGUUUCUCCUGGAGGAUAUGACUUGGCUACUGCCUUCAUCAGACCGUCUAACAACAGCAGAUUUAAUACACCAACAUCUGCUCGCCCUGUUGGCCGAGGUCGUCUCCCAUCCAUUGGAGAGGUUCCAUCAGACUUGAACCGAAUUGUAUCAACGACUAUUGGUGACAAUGGAGCCAGCCGCCGUGGCCAUAGCAGAAACACUUCCCUUGAUCAGGAUAACUUGGCCCUCGGAAACUCUCUGCAGCGUGCUUCUACGGCGAGCCCAAUGAUGAUGCGUGAGAACUCUGCUCGUAUCGUCGCCAACUACGAAGGAGAACGUGCACCAUCGCCUGACCACAACAUCAUGGCGCGCAUGCAGGAGGCGAAGGGAAAUCUUCGCAACGGAUCUCGCGAUAGAAUUCCUCGCGGCGUCAACCUUCAGCUUCAGCCAGUAGAGCAAACCAUCGAUACUGCUUCUACAGAACAGUCUGGUACAUCAUCUGCCCGUUUCCAUUGGCCAACUCGUCGACGCGGACCUGGAUCCGUAGCAAGCUCCAUCACAUCUGCAUCAAGCGCUGGACGAAGCUACCGCCACACAACACGCAAGACAGAUCCCACCAAGGACCCUACAGUCGCAUAUCCAGUCCACAGCACACGCCAGCCAAGUAAGGAGAGAACUCGUGAUUCAUCUAGAGGACGUCAUGGAAGCAAAGAGCGACGAGCAAAGUCUCGCGAGGCUUCGGAAGAUCGCGGUCGUGGCUCUGUAAGAAGCUCUGCCCGAGGAAAGCGAUCUCCCACUAGCCCGAUCCCCAUGUCACCUGAAGACCUUGCCAAUCUCACUCCACGAUACUUUGAGGCUGUCGAGCCCGGCACCACUCGCAAGGCUCCUAGCGGGACCAAAGCUAAGAGCAGAACUUCGAGUCGCGGUAGCGCCGAUGCACGCAGACGCCCCAAGCUGGAUUCUCGUGGCCGAAGCAAGGGUCCAGAGGUGACGAUGCUGGCAUCGCCCACAUCGCCGCUUCCAAUGUCUGCUGUUGCACUUCACUAUCAAGGCUCUGAAGAUGAGGAGGACUUGAAACAGGCGAUACAGGAGCAGGAGGCUUUCCGAGCUAAGCAUAGCAGAAGCACUAGCCGUGGCCUGAACUCUCCGGCCGUUUCACGACGGGAGCGCUCUGAAAGCCGAAAGCGUGAGGUAGCUGAGUCACUUGAUACCUUGCCCCCAAUGGUUAUGCGCAGCCGUGCAGCAUCCACAGAACAUGCGGGUGAUUUGCGUCAGAUGAAUGCUGAGCGCCAGCGUAAGAAGGAUCAAGCAGCCCGGGAGCUCGAAGAGCGACGCAAGUCGCUUGCCAAGAGAUCACAGACUCCCAAUAUUCUUCAUCCAAGCGAGGUACCACCCGCAAUGCGUGUUGGUAUUGAAGCUGACGACGAUAUAUAUGAUGAUAACAUGCCUCCACGAUGUGCUACAGAGCCUCCUAAGAGCAUGUAUGCCAACGCCGGUCCAAGCGUAGGCUUGCCUGCUACACCGAAGGCAAUGCGUCUCGUUCUCGAGGUUGAUAAGCAACCGGAAGAGAGCAUUCCUGCUGUCCCUAGUCUUCCCCUGCCCUUCACCUACGCGCAGCCAGCAUCGUCUCUGCCAGAGGGUGGCGAGGAUGAAUCCCUUCUGUUGCUCCCAUCUACGGUAUAUGAGCCACCACCAAAGCCAGUCAAGACGCCAAAGAUUGCCAGAAGCGCAUCUGCACCACCUACUCGGGAUGGUGCUCCUGAACGAUCUCGCAAGAGCCGCAAGGGAAGUGUUGCUGAGGAACAAACCAACGACGUUGAUGCCAUCCCUCCUCCUCCUCCCCCACCUCCAGCUCCUCCAGUCUUGAAGGAGCUUCAGCACUUGGCCAUUCCACCACCACCUCCUCCAGCUCCUCUACCAAACUCCAUUGCCGCCAACAACAUUCGAGGAGGCGGUGCUGUAGCUAAUGGUCUAAUUGAGAUUGUCCGUGACGAUGAUGAGGACGUUAAUGAGCCGGUUGUCGUAGCUCCCAACGACAACAUGGUGCCCGUUCUUUUCCCUCCCGCUCCGCCAUCACGAGGCCAACCCAGAGCACGCAGCGCUAGUGUUUCUGGCCGCAUCUCACGACCUCCCAGCCGCACCCGAAAGGAUUCUAUCGAGGUUGGCCUGGACGGCAGCUUGAUCAGAUCGCCAAUUCUGUCGCCGCCCCCAAUGCAUUUUGACCAGGACGCUAUUCGCUCGCCGGUGGGAAAAACGCAUAGCCACAUGUUUUAAUCAAGUCUCCUGCAUUUAUUCUACAGCUUCAACUCAAAGUACAUAUGCUCCGGAAUCUGCACAUAUGGUGAACGCAUCAAGAGUUGCUCCAAGGCGGCCAUUAUCUCUCUUCUUUCGUUUUCUUUGUUGAACCUAGUUUUGGGUUUCUUGUUUCUUAUUGUUAUGUUCUUUUUUUUUCUUCGUUUUAUUUCUCUUCAGAUGUUUUCUCCUUUUGGUUUUCUUUACGACUCAUGAACUGGUGGGAUGACAGACGCAUCAACUUGGGAUUUCCAAUGUCUUGUUCUACUUUUCUUUCUACAGCGUACAACGCUGCCUCGCGGCAACUUUGUGAUAUAGUUGGUUCUGGAUCAAUUUGUACAGCUGUUCCAGUCAAGUAGCAUGUUGAUAGUAUAUUGAAAUUAAUUUUUUUCUGUCUCGAUGAUGA